AUGUCCGUGAUGCAACGCCGGCGUGCGGCUGAUGGGAAUGGUUCAGGAGAAAUGGCCGAUGCAAGGACGGCCGAUGAAAUGCUGGAAGACCUGAUGGAAGAUCUCAACAAUGCCUCAUCAGGAACAGCCGCAGUGAGGCCGUGCUUCGACAAGCUGCUGAAGUUCUUCGGACUGGGGUGCAGCUGCAGGGGCAGGCUGCUCCGCCGGCUGCUCUGGUGGAUGCAGGAAGGCGACCUGAACAUCUUCCAGGGGGCCAACAACAAGCUGAACGAGCUGGAGGCAUGGGUCCAGGUGAAGGCCAACGAGGCGAUCAAAGAUCUUUUGGGUCCUCUUGCACUUCCUGCCGGCGGCUUGGAGCCAUUGGUGCUUCGACCUGAAGGUCUACCCCCUGCUCCACAAGGUGAUCCUGUGGUUUUGGGUCCUGCUGGACCGCAUGGAGGUGCUGAACAACAAGGGCAUCCUUCUGCACUGGUGCAACAUGCUGGACAUCAACCUGGUUCUGGUCAACUUCUUCGGCAUCCUUCUGAUCCUCAUGGGGUACAAGCCGUGAUGAGGACACCAGAUGGUGUUGGGGGCCAACGGAAUCCGUUUUGGAGCGACCGGGCUAUGGCUGGAGGUGUAGUUCAGUGUUCAAAAACCCCUGUGGAUCCGGCUCUUGGCCAACUGGUGACUCCUCCGGGUCUUCUUGGCCUUCCUGGUCCAGCUAUGCCUGCUGCUGCUGCGCCGGCGCCUGUGGUGAGCGUUGGCGAGAACCUCAACGAGAACCCGAGGAACUUGGAGCUGCCUAAGCUGUCCCCUGACAGCACUUCGGUGGACUUUGGCGACUGUCUGGCCAUUGUGGGUCCGUUGAUGUCGGAUGUGAGUGGCACGAGCAGUCAGUGGUGGGCUUUGGUGUUGGACGCUGCGGCCAAGACGCUGUCAUCGGCCGAAAGGGUUCAUGGAGACACGGCACUGGUCCUGAAGAUGUUGGCCCUCUAUGAGGAGAUGGAGACGAGCCAGCCAGAUGCCAACCAGUUUCUCCUUGAGCACCCUGAGGACCCAUGCGCGAAAAUGUGGGCACAGCCGACGAAAACCAGCCUCCUGACGAAUUUGCCAGGGAUGGAUGAACUACAGGGGUUGCGCUGUGGGGAGAACAAGAAGGGCAUCGAGCCGCUUGCUGCGGAUCUUCCACAACGUCUCAAACAGACCUCUUCCUGGUCGUCAUGGGCUCCGGGUUUGACACAGGCUAUCAAGGAGUCAAUCAAACAGAUGCCUGCGGCUGGCCUCAAACGCUUGUCUUUGGAUGAGUGGCGACAGCAUGUCCUGAAGUUCAACGUUCAGAAGAAGUUCAACAUGCUGGUCAAGUUCCACGUUCUGGUGGAGAUGACAGCCCCAAAGAAUGUCUUCCAGGUUCAGGUGCUCAUGGUGAAAAAGUUCAUGCAGGCCCUGUUGAACCUGUUCCGUCAAAAGGUGAUGGAUGUGAUGAUGAAAAAGAUGGUGGAAAACUUGGUGAUGCUCUUCCAGCUGACCCUCUUGCUCGGCUACCAGAAUUGGGGGGAGAAGUCAAAAACCCUGAGCUACCUGAAGGAGAAGAUGGGGGAUUCAGUGAAGAUGAGAAAAAACUUGGGGAGACGUCGAGGUUUGUACCAGACCUUCACGUCAGGCGACGACCCUCCUGCCAAUGGCAGAAUCGAAAGUGAGCGUCUCCGCGCUCAACUUCAAAAAGUGGGACUACGGCAGUCGGCUAUGCUUCCCUACAAUGUGCGGGUGUUGUGGCACAAGCGCUUCACCCAGGGCAUGGCGAGUCCGUAUUUCCAGGCCACUUUGAAGGGACCAAGUCCUCUGAUGCACCAUGGACAAACUGACAAGGGCCUCAUCCAACAUGCCAGGUGUGUUGUGACCACUGAUCCAAAUGCCGAGCGUGCGAUGCUGGAACUUGUUGGUGACCCAAUGCGGCCAGUUCACCGUAUGGUUGGAAAACAGCCUGCUGCUGGUGACAAGGUCGAGCCUCCACAAUUGAUGGAUGAAGCCAAAAGAGAUGGCCCUGACUCCGAGUCAGCGGAAGGGAGGUUAGGUCUUGAAGGUCAGGUUCCAGGCUCCGUGCCUGCGGAAGGGGGUGAUGGUGAAGGAUCACAAUAUGAGCCUAGCAUCUAUGAAGGUGAUGAUGAUGGAGAGCGCAUGGAAGAGGUGGAGAACCCUGACGUGAAUGACAUUUGGGGGGAGGCCCAUGGUCCGGGGGUCUACUCCUUCAACCUUCAGUGCAACUUCAACUUUGGGUCCAAGCUCAACCUUGCCAAGUGUGACAAGUUCAUCAAGUAUGACGUCCAAUGGCGGUGCAAUCGAACGCUGGAGUCACAACGCCUCCCAAUGGAUGGUGAUGAAGGUGGUCGCCAAGGUCAACUGAUGAAGAACCUCAAGGUUCAUGUCUAUGUCUUGGAGGAGGAGUUGGAUGUAGUGAACAAAAUGGUAGUUGAAUGUGAGGAGCGAAAGUGUCUGCUGGCUGCGCUCAACCUUAACGAUGUGGGAGACGCCGAGAGCGAUCAGUUUGAGAUGCCUGUGGAGCCAAAGGUCCUCCAGACCCAAACUGUGCCUCUGAAUGAAGUUAAUGCCAACCUUCCAAAAUGUGUUGAUGCACUUCGAGCUGAAUACACGAGCUUGACCGAGGGCACCAAUGCCAUCGAGCCUGUCCACAAAGACACGCUCCGACACCGAACUGAUGUAGAGUAUGCACCGGGCAAGUUGGUUGCAACUUUGAAACCGGGAAACAAGAAGAAGGCGAGGCUUGUCGUCUGCGGCAACAGGGUGGAGGUCUCGGCUGACAAUCAGGUCGACCAGGACGGCUCCUCUGAGUAUGCCAACAAGGGCCGCAAGACCUACGACACCUAUGCUGGAGGUAUUGACCGUGUAUGUGUGCGAGCAGUGCUGAGGAAAGCUGGGGAGCGCCGGUGGAACUGUGCAUCCAUCGAUGUGCGCACGGCCUUUCUGGUUGCCCCGCACCGUGGAAGUGGAACACUGGUGGUCAAACCGCCAAAGGUGCUUACAGCUUGUGGGUUGAUCCCAGCAACAGAGAUGUGGGAAGUCAACAAAGCGUUGUAUGGACUUCAGUCAUCACCGCAAGAUUGGGGUGUGUUUCGAGAUGGCGAUCUGAAGACUUGGUCUUGGUCUGAAGGAGGCAGAACCUUUGCCCUCAAAGCUACCAAUGAGGCCAAUCGAUGGCGCAUCGUCGAGCUCUUCGAGUCUGGUGAUGGGGAAGUGAAAGAGCCUCAAACGGUGGGACAUAUGGUGCUCUAUGUCGAUGACUUGCUGAUCACUGGAUCCACUGAAGUUGUCGAUGCCACGCUCAAGAAGGUGCAGGCACGUUGGAAGUGUAGCGACCCUGAGUGGAUGGCACCCGAAGGUCAAAAACCUAUGACCUUUUGUGGCUUCGAAAUCAAGAAAGGUCCUGAUGGUGAAGUUGUGGUCACUCAGAAGUCCUAUGCGGAGGAGCUGACCAGGCGACAUGGCAUCAAAAAGACAAGGCCUACGCCAAUGUCGAGCUCUUUGGUGAUUCCUGAGGAGCCGGAAGACUUCACCCGUGAACAACUUCGAGAAGCACAGGCUGUGACUGGUGAGCUGCUUUGGCUUUCGAUACGGCCCGGACCUGAUUUGAGCUAUGUGACAGGGCUUAUGGGUCGGAUGUCAACAAAGAAUCCUGCCUUUGUCUGUCAAGUUGGCCAAGAAGCCAUGGAAUACAUCUAUGGAACUCUGGAUGUGGGUUUGGUCUAUGGACCUCUGGUUCCGAAUUUUGGGCCAGAGGAUUGCCUUCCUUUUGCAAGGAGUAUGACCAGGGUCGAGGUCUAUGCUGACGUCUCCUUUGCUCCGCAGUUUUCCAAGAGUGUCCAAGGUGUGAUCGAGCUGUAUGGGGGUGCUCCAAUACAGUGGCUGUCGAACCGACAGGGGUGUCUGACUUUGUCAACGGCAGAAUCAGAGCUUCUCAGCUACAUCGAGGCGAUGUCAGUUGCCGACGCCAUUGGCUGCAUCAUUUCCAUCUUGGAGGAGGUCCCGAUCGGUCUUCAAGAUGAUGUGGAGUCCACGUCACUGCCAACAAGGGUGACGAUGGAUGAUCCUCAACACGGAAUGAAUCCUGGCUGGCCGGGCCGUGGCAAGGGGAUGGGGAAACCAACUCCUCGGCCGCCGCCACCGCCGCCACCACCGCCGCCAGCUCAAGGACUACCUGGUGGAGCACAAGGGCAGUUCUAUCGACCUGUCCGGGUGGAGCUCACUGUGCGAGUGCCAAUGGUGGGAUACCGUCAAGGGAUCCCUGGUGUGGACUACUCCACCGAGCUCACCAUGCGGAAUCCUGAUCAACCAGCUCCGCUGAGGACCGAGACGUCGUCUGAUGUCGAAGUGGUGAGUCCAAAGAAGGUGAUGAGAAAGGAUGGAAGUCAUGGUGCCGCACUACCUGCUGAACUUUACCAUCAAGAUCGGGCUCAGCUGGAGGGCUUCAAGUUUCAAGAGAAUGUCAUGGCGGUCGGGCUUUGCAACCCCCCGCUGGAGAAGAUCAUGGUGUCUGCGUAUGUCUGGACGCUCGGGCUUGGCAUCUUCAUGAUUGUGAAUGUCAGGGCUCUGGUGUAUGGCUUGACACUUGGGCUGAGCACCUUCAAGGAUGUGUAUGUCUUGGUGCCGAAUGUCCUGACACUCGGGCUUCGCAACUAUGUGAUCCAGUAUGUGGCGACGCUUGGGCUCCGCUGCUGUGCUGUGCGACCUGCCACCUUUGGGCUCCGAGGUAGCGAUGAUCGGUACGAUGAUUGGUACGAUGAAAAGUACGAUGAUGUGGGGCUACUUCAUGGACGAGCUCUACAACCUCUUUGUGGUGAAGCCUUGCUGGGCUUCAAUGGUGCUGCAAGGGACACGCCUGGUCCUGGGGAGCUGAAAUGCUGGAGGAGAUCUAUGGCUGCGAUUGGGCCACUCUACUUGCUGCUCUUCCUGGCCGUGGAUCCUUGUAGCUGUGUAGCUAGUGCGAAUGGUAGUGAAAAAGGGGCUGCGCCCUACAAUGUGAAGCCUCAAGGGCUUUUGGAGCUGAUUGGCGCCAAGGAGAACUCCGACAGUUCUCAAAUCAACAGCCUGACUGGCGAUCAAAUCUCCAGGCAUCAAUCGGGUCCGGUAGAAUCAACAGAAGAAGAGUUUUUGCAGGGUUCAGGUGCCCAGCUGAAGAUUCAAUGUCGCAGUGUGAACACUAGCCUUGAAGGGUCAAAAUCUUCAGCUGGCGCUGAGAGCCAAGUAGCCGUAGCACCGGUGGAAGGCAUGUCUGCCUACGGUGGUAGUUGUAGUGGUAGUUUCGUAGCUGCCAUGCUCUUCGCGCUGCCGACCUUGGUGACGGGACAGCAUGAUGAUGGUGGUCGCCGUGAUCAUGACGGAGACCUUGAGGCAUUCCUGUUCUUCUUCGUGCUGCUGGUGUGCUACACUGCAGUGGUGAUUUUGGGAGUGCUGGCAUGCGUCUGGUGCCAACUCCGUGGAGUGAGACAAGUUGGAGGAAAGGGCGCUGGCAAAGGGCGAGGCGAUGCCGACUCCGAGACUGAGGAGAAGGAGGACCACGGGAAGCUCUUCACAGGGUUCUGUGGCCGAACCGCAUCACUGGCUUUCUCUGAAGCUGAUGGGCCGCCAAUUCAAGAUCCGGAGAGGGAGCCUUUCAACUUGUGGCGCUCUCCCUACGAGUUCGAGGGGGACGACAUGCCUGCCAUCCCCGAGAACUAUGUGGCUACGCCAAGCUCUCCUGACCACUGGGUGCCGAUGAGCACGCGCAUCCAAGAGCGACGUGAUCGAGCAGAAGAUGCACAACAUGGUGGAAAGGGGAAAGAGAAGGGAAAAGGAAAAGAAAAAGGAAAGGAUGUGGGAAGAAGAAGCAUAUUCCGGCCUGGCCAAGGGGCGAGACUCCGCCCGGCUACGCCAUCUCCUUCGGCCUGCCCGGCCGAGGAGAGUCAAGAAGAGACAUCAGUGGCCUCUACGCCGGGGACUGCUGACGUCACGCUUGACGAGUUCGAGGAGGAAGAGAUGGAUCCUGGAGUGGCAUGGAACCACGGCGCAAAAGCACCACCAAUGGCUUUGCAGCCGCGAUGGUAUGGGCUCCACCUGGUCCACCACGAGGACCUUCACCUCAAGGACUACAACAAGGUCCACUUGGACCACCCCAACAGGGUCCACAACAUGGUCCACAAGGCCUACAACAAGGGCUACAACAUGGACACCAAGGAGAAGGACUUCAAGAUGCUGGCGGCGCGCCACCAAAAGCCGUUCCGGCCAUUGGACCUGCGGGCAGCACGGCACCACAAGCCCGACCUGGCUGAGCCAGCAGGCGAACCAGCCACGGGUCUGCCAGAUGAUGGGCCACGGCGGGGUGAGUCUGACGAGGUAGAUACUUCGGGCAACAUUUUCGUUGGUGGGUUCACUUCCAGCACUGACCUCGACGGCCAAAGCAACGCCGGCAGCAACGACGUCAUGGUGAUGAAUUUUUUGUCAGAUGGUGCCCACCAAUGGACUGUCCUCCAUGGCGGUUCAAGCGCUGAACUGUCUGAGUACGAUUGCCUUGAGGUAGAUACUUCGGGCAACAUUUUCGUUGGUGGGUUCUCUUCCAGCACUGACCUCGACGGCCAAAGCAACGCCGGCAGCAGCGACGUCAUGGUGAUGAAAUUCCAG